AUGGCCAGUUCGAGCCAUGACUGUCGUGGGUUCUGUAUCCCGGUGGCGGUGGGGAGGCUGCCGCAGAGACUCAGCGGCCGGACCACAGUGCUGCUGGUCGCGCUGCUGGCCGGCUCCAUGCUGCUGCUGCACUCGGCCGGAUCCGGACACAUGAGUUCGGCCGCGCUGGGACAGCACUACAGUCAGAUCCGCAGUGCCGCCGACAGUCAGCUCCGCAGCCUACUGGGCAGCGCCGGCAGCGAGCCGCUCAGUGCCGGCAGGGAGACGGUCAGCUCCAGCAGAGAGACGGUCAGUGCCGGCAGCGAGCCGCUCAGCGCCGUCUACUGCUCGCAGGCGUGCCCGUGCGCCUGCCGGCCGUGGCGGAGGCCGGAGGACGGCGAACCUCCCGAGCCGACCGUCUCCAACUGCGGGCCCACCGCCGACCGGCGCGGCGCGCGACAGAACGUGCUUGCCUAUAGCUUCUAUGGGACUGACGUCAAGUCCUACUUGAGUGGAGUCAAGCGGAACGCGAUGCGCUCCCUCGAGUUCUACCCCGGCUGGACAAUGCGCGUCUUCCACGACGGCAAAGCUAACUUCACAGAAUGGAAUAAGACAGCCUGCGAAGUCACUUGCGAGUUUCCGAACGUGGAUUUCUGUGACGUGCGCCAGCUGCCGGGAAUCGGAGACAUCAGUGGCCAUGUUGGGUCCAUUUGGCGAUUUGCCGUCAUCGCGGACGAGUCCGUCGAGCGGUUCGUGAUGCGGGACCUCGAUUCCAUUUUGACGCAGAGAGAACGCGACGCUGUGACUGAGUGGCUCGAGUCCAACAAAACGUUCCACGUAAUGCGGGAUCACCCGUGGCACGGAACAGAGAUUCUGGCCGGCAUGUGGGGCGGAUGGAACCGCUACAACGACAAGUACCGCCCUCUCCGGCAGAAGAUGCUCGAAACAGGAAAAUUAAAUGAAGCGAAAUCAUGGGACCAGAGCCAGCUGAAGACCAUUCUGUGGCCGGUGCUGGUGCGAACCGGUGACGUCAUAUCUCACGACAGCUACCUGUGCAACAAGUACCCGUUCACCCGGCCGUUUCCCACAAAGCGCGCCAACAUGACAGAGUUCGUCGGCUCUCAGUACACCAGGAUCGUACGGACCGUGAUGAAAGAGUGUCCGCUAGCCUGCAGACCGCCGAAACAUUUGGACUGGAAAUAUUGCUGAGCCAGAUGCAUUUAGUAUAGGAAGGUAUUUGUAUGUAAUCGUAUAUGUAAAUAGGUCACCCAAUAAAGCUAGACCCUAGCGCAGGGCCUCCUCUAACAUGUUAAGUGUUAACUGGGGGCCGCCCCCCCCCCCCAGUGAUGCCGCUGGCC